AUGAUCAGAUUCACUUCUACAAAUGCGUCUAGCCAUUGCAAAAAUACUGAAUUCUGCAAGUUCAUGGGAGAUAUGGAGGACAUAUUUGAGCAUGCUGGAGAGCACAGCCAAUGCUUCCACUUUUACUGCAAUCUGUGUCGCUUAUAUAAUUUGUCACAUGGAAAGCGGCAAAAGCUCAUCGGAACAAGCAUCGUUGCUGGUUGCCAAAAGCGUGAAUCGUUUGAGGGAUCGUGA